AUCACUUAAAACGGAGAAAAUUAAGUAUAAGAGAUAAACUUAUAAUUGACACAGUGGGACAAACAAGAACAUUUUUGAAAAAUAAUAAGGACGUAUUAAUAUUAAAUGUAGAUAAAGGGGGUAAGACAGUUGCAAUGUAUAAAAAGGACUACGAAAUAAAAAUGAAUGACAUUAUUCGGGAUAUGUGUACAUAUCGACGACUAAAAAGAGAUCCAACGACUGCACUACAAAAUAAAAACAACAAAUUUGUGGAUGUGCUAUAUAAAAUGAAUAUUGUAGAUUUUAACGAAAAGAACAAAUUAUUGACAAAUACGUCAAUCGCACCACGAAUUUACGGCUUACCAAAGAUUCACAAGGAAGGAGUGCCUCUACGACCGAUAUGCUCAUCCAUAAAUUCACCUACCUACGGACUGUCCAAAUACAUAGUAGAUAUUUUAAAACAUUUGACGAAGGACUCGAAAUACAACAUUAAGGACGCAGUGGAUUUUAAAUCUAAAAUUAACAAUGUCAAAAUAGAAAAAGACGAAACCUUAAUAUCAUUUGACGUAGUGUCAUUGUUCCCCAGCAUCCCAAUAAACUUAGCACUAAAGACAAUCGCUGAAAAAUGGAAUAUAAUCAAGGACUAUACAAAAAUUCCAAAAGAGUUAUUUAUAGAAAUAUUGACCCUUUGUAUAAAAGACUCCAGAUACUUCGUAUAUCAAGACAAGGUGUACGAACAAAGAAAAGGACUUCCAAUGGGUUCCCCAGCGUCGCCGAUCAUAGCUGAUGUGGUAAUGGAGGUAUUAUUGGACGUUUCCGUAGAAAAGAUGAUGACGAAGCCGAGAUUAUUAUCGAAGUACGUAGAUGAUAUAUUUUGCAUAAUAAAGAAAACGGAAAUCGAAAACACACUAAAGAUACUAAAUACAUUCGACAAAAACAUUCAGUUUACUCAUGAAGUAGAGGAAGAUGGUAAGCUACCAUAUCUAGACUCAAUAAUCAUAAGACACGACAACAACCUCAAGUUAGAUUGGUACCAAAAACCAACAGCAUCUGGACGAUUGAUAAACUUUUUUUCAAAACAUCCCCGACGAGUGAAGAUAAAUACAGCGACAAACUUUAUACAUAGAAUUUUCAAUAUAAGUGACCAGCAAUUCCACCAAAAUAAUGAAUUAAAAAUAAGAAAUAUAUUAACAAAGAAUGAUUUCCCACAAAAAACAAUCGACGGUUUAAUAAAACGUGUAAAGGAGAAUACAAAUGUUAAAAUUACAGAAGGAAAGGAAAUAUCAUACAAAUCUUUGACGUAUAUACCUGGAUUUUCGGAGAGAUUUUGCAGAUCGAACGCGUAUAAUAAGGACAAAUACCAAUUAGCUUUAAAAACCAAUUACAGUGUCAACAAUAUGUUCAGUAGAACUAAAACGAAGACAAAAAAGGAGGACAAGAGCAAUGUCGUUUAUAAGAUAGCAUGCAACGGCGACGAAACCAAUAUAUGCCAAAAAGUAUAUAUUGGCACGACAAAAACAAAAUUAAAAACUAGACUUUCCGGACAUAAAUCGGAUCAAAAAUCAGACAAACCUUUAGAACAAAAGACAGCUCUAGCAGCACAUUGCACAUUAACAGGACAUAGACCGAACUUUAAGGAUAUUAAUAUAAUGGCACAAGAAAACAACUACAAAAGACGAUUCACAUUAGAAAUGUUACAUAUCAUAAAUGUACCACCGGAAAAAAGAAUGAACUUUAAAACUGAUACGGACCACUGUGCACAUAUUUACAGAAAUUUAGUACAUAAACACAGAUGGAAAAAGACUUAGUUCAAAUUUGACGUUAAAUUAGAGCAGACGUUUUCCUCUAAAACAAAGUUAACAUCCCUGAAGAUGAUUGUCGAUGACAAUCGAAAUAUUGGAUAAAUAAAGAGAAAAAAGGAGAUAACUAAAUAAAAUUGUUUUACUGACCUUCAGCCGAACUAUCAUCAAAAAUAUUAAAAUCUACCAGGUCAACAAUA